UUCGAUUAUCCGCAGAAUCCAUUUCUCAACAUCGACAUUGGCAACAUAAUCGUGCGGCGAGAAUGCCUUGUCCACGAUUGGCGUAUAAUGGUGUACGACGCUGUCUCUGCCAAGCAACUUAUAGGCCUCAUUCACUAAGAAUCCUGAGCUUAGCAGGGCCAGGGCGAUGGCCUCUAUAUCUAAAAACAGUCCAAAAUCGCCAAUAUGGGACCGACAUAGCCAAGGACAACAAAAGCACAGCUUUUAUCGAUAAUGAUAAAUUAUUGAGUUCAUUUCAUGAUGAACUUGACCAGGCCAUGUCUUCGGACUCUGGAGAGAAGACGGGAUCGUUGAAUGCGUUCUUUCAAGAACAUGAGCACGGGCAAGCUCAGCAAAAGAGUAUAGAGACGGGGCAACAUGUUUAUCAACCAGCCAAGCUAGAAGGCCGAAACCCAGCCCUGGCUAAAGUGUUGCCAGACUUGAAUACCGUAUCAAUACCAGUGAUGGUUGACGCCCUCAGGCGGUUACGGAUGCCACAAGAAGAAGGCAAUUCUAGUCUCCCUACCAACAGAUAUCUAAGAAUCCUGAAUAUCGUUAGAUUUCUUCUCAGACACCGCAACUAUCCCCCCGAUGCUUUGAUCUAUGAGAGCCUGAUGACUGCUAUGGCUGACCCAAGGGGGUCUAGCAAAGGAGUUCGCAAAUUAUUGGACGAUAUGACUUUUCAAAAUGUCCCGCUUACUGCGGAUAUUUGCUACCUUGCUCUCGAAGCUCUCAGUGUACACCCAGACUAUAUCCUGCGGCAAGAAGUUGUGCAGAUAAUGGAGCAGCACUGGUUCGAAUUCACGAUGCCUGUCAAGCAAAUCAUUGCCGUGGCAAUGUUACGAGAAGGCCAGUUUGAAAUGGCCUUGAGUAAAUUCGACCAGCUUUUAGAAGAUCCAGGGCAUGUGGAUCUUUGGGUCUAUGAUAUCUUUAUUCUGGAGUUUGGUAGAGAAGGUUUCUUUGACGAAAUGCUUCAAAUCCUGCAGAAGCGAAAAUUUGCUCGUGGUUCUGACAGUGCUUUCAGAAGUAUCCAGCUGAUGGCCUUGGACAUGUUCAGCCAGGGCUUCCACUAUGAAGGAACAACUUUCGUAUGGCGAGACGUUGUCAAUAUCCCAAUUCACAGCCCUUCAUAUGGUAUUCUUGAGAAUGUUUUGGCCACUGGGGCCAGGCACGGUGACACUGAACUCGCCAGUCAAGCUCUUCAGAAGCUGGCGAUUCAUGGCAAGCCUCGCCAGCAGCAUAAUGAUGCUAUGCUGGAAGCGUUCGCUAAUUCGGGGGAUGUUACCGGUGCGCUUACACUUUUGAAUCUGCAACAGAACAACGGACGCCUCCUUCUUCGAGAAACCACAAUGCCCGUUCUACGGGCCUUACUCAAGAACCGCAAUCUUAUUAGCGAAGCUGAGGCUGCUAUUCAAAGCAUACGCAAAGAGGGGCCUGUUCCUCAGCAAGUCCUUAUGGUCACGAUCGAGGCUCUGGCUCGAACCCGAACUUCAGAAGCGGCUAUGCACCUGUUCAAUGACAUGCACCUCCUCACCGGGAAAAGUCCCCGAUUGUCAGACAUUGGACUUCUUCUUCGUCAUGCUAGCCAAACGAAGACGCAGUAUGACCUUGCAGUGGCUUACAAUUCCGAACUCUCCAAGAUUGAUACCACCCCGGUGUCAGUAGGGAAUGAGAAUUCUAAAAAGGAUCAAGGCAAUGAUGAUGCCACAGUCCCCGAGACGUGGAUGGAUCAAGUCGAAGCGGGCCCCGCCUUUGACGUGAUAAUCCCAGCAUGCGCACAGAUGGGCGAUUUUGACCUAGCCUUCAAGUUUAUUGACUAUGCCAAGAAUGCAUCGCCCGAUUUCCCUGCCUGGAGGUCUGCAAGUUGGGUUGAGCCAUUCAUCAAGCUGGCCCUUGAUGCAGAGCACCCUCGGGUGUGGGAGAUUGUCGACCUAUUGGACCAGGGCCAAGAUGCGCCAGCUAUGAUGAUACGAAAGGAGCUUCAACGACGGCGCAUUCAGAAGAGAGCAAGCAGUUGAUAAAAUGCCAUGUUGCAUAAGUCAACAGACAUCAGCUCAAGAAUGAGACUCUAGGGCCAAGAAUGCACCGGAAAGAGACUAUUACGUUACAUUAUCGUAUCCAGUCUCUGGUUGCACUUCAGGGUCAGCAUUAAACGAUGUCGAACCUAUCAACUAGCUACUGUGUGUAUUUGAGCUUAUCGUCAAGCAGGCCAGCUGUUGUGCGUGAGCGUCAAUGACGUGACGAACAUAAUAAUGCGACCUCUGAGCUUUCAUGUCUGGCCUUGAAGUGUCAUUGCAGUAAGCAAGGUCCCGGGCUAUCCGAUGUAUUUGUAUUUUGGCUUUAGAAUGAUUCUUAUCAGGCCGGGGAGCGGGCGCCGAUCGUUGAGUAGCUGGGGCGUUUGGGCCUCAGUCAGUGAGAUAUAAGGUCCUACCAGCUCCAUGAAAGCUGUUGGCUGUUAUGGUGUGAAGGGCUUAGAUAUUGUUGGGGUACGGAGUAUAUAAGAAGAGAUUUCACUGUUCGGCCGAAAAAGGACGAGUACAAUGAGUCACACGAAAUGGUAUACACAUAUUCAAUCUCCGUUUUGAAAGCAACGAUCGCAAUUCA